AUGGAAGAUUUUACUUCGUUUGUUAAUACUGUUAACGGCGCUUCCGUCAAUGGGAAAGUGACACAAGGAACAGAUCCUUCGACGAGACAAAAGCUUUGGGAUGUCCCAGUUGCAUCGUCUGACGACAUCGAGAAUGCAAUUUCUGCAGCCAAAACUGCCUUCGCACAGUGGUCCAAGACGCCCUGGUCCGAGCGACAGAAUGCCCUACUUGAUGCGCGAGAUGUCUUGAUUUAUCAUAAGCCUGCAUUGGCGCAGCUGAUCACAAAGGAAGGAGGAAAGCCUAUCCAAUUUGCCACUCUCGAAGUUGAGCAUUCGAUCAACUUCUUACAGUUUAAUGCAAAUCAGGAGCCACUUCAAGAGCAAGUGAUCCAAGAUGACGACGAGCUACGAUUGACGAUCCGAGAGAAGCCGCUGGGUGUCAUCGCAGCUAUCUGUCCUUGGAACUAUCCCUUGGUCCUCUCCAUCGCCAAGGUCGCCGCAGCCCUCAUAACUGGUAACACAAUCAUUGUGAAGCCCUCGCCUUUCACCCCCUACUCCAUCCUUAAGGUCGUCGAACUACUACAGGGUGUUUUUCCGGCCGGUGUUCUCCAAGCCCUCAACGGUGACGAUAAGCUGGGACCUACACUAUGUCAGCAUCCAGGAGUUGAUAAGAUUACCUUCACUGGCUCAACUGCAACAGGAAAGAAGAUCGCGCAGGUGGCCGGAAAUCUUCUAAAGCCUGUCACGUUAGAGCUUGGAGGCAACAGUGCGAGUAUUGUCUGCCCAGAUGUCGAUCCAAAGAUCGUGGCCCCGCAAGUGGCAAUUGGAUCUUUCAUGAACUCAGGCCAGCUUUGCGUGGCUAGUAAGCGCGUUUUUGUCCACGAAGAUAUCUACGAUGAGUUCUUAGAGACAAUGGUCAACACCGUCAAGGACUGGAAGGUAGCACCUACGUCAACCCUCGAGCCUGGUAUUAUGCUUGGCCCAAUUCAGAACGAGAUGCAGUACAACAUUGUGAAGGGCUUCUUCCAAGAUUCAAUCAGUAACGGACACUGUUUCGCGCUGGGUGAGAAGCCAGAUGACAGUGGAGACAGCUUCGUCAUCAAGCCUGCGAUUAUCGACAAUCCUCCCGAUGACGCCCUCGUCGUUACGCACGAAGCCUUCGGCCCCAUCGUUCCAUUGAUGAAGUGGAAGACUGAAGACGAAGUUAUUAAGCGAGCCAACAACACGCUAUCUGGUCUCGGAGGAGCUGUCUGGUCAAAGGACGUUGACCAUGCACAGCGGUUAGCAGACCGCAUUGAGGCCGGCACAAUCUGGAUCAACAGCUUUGAGAAGCCUUUGCCCCAGGCUCAUCUGGCUGGUCAUAAGGAGAGUGGCGUUGGUGGAGAAUGGGGCCGACGGGGUUUGAGUGUGUAUUGUCAGCCCCAGGUGAUUCAUUGUUACAAGUCUCAAGUAUAA